CGUCCCUUGAGCUGGGGUAUGGUAGGGCAAACGCAACGUCAAGGCUCUUAGAAUAAAGAUGGCUGUUCACGCCCCCAACCAUGACGAUCAUCUUGUAGAUUGGGAUUUUCUUCUUUCUCUCUACCUACUCACCCACACGGCCUCGACUGCCACCAUUCACUCCUUUGUGUUUUUUUUUCGACAACCAACUUGCAACGACAAACCUUUUACGCGCAGAGCGCUGGAAAUCACUCAUUUAUCCAAGCUCGAAGCUUUGCGACACGAAAAGGACAGAGACAGAAGAAAGGACGCAAGAAAUCUAGACGCUCAUUUCCCUCUAUCCGAUUAUCCCAACCUUCUUUUCUUCUGGGGCUCAUUGUUUUUUUUUCUGUUCGUCUUACGGCCAGAAAAACGAAUAAACCAACUACUCUCCCUUUCAAAACAACUGUCCCUGAGACACAGUCGAAAGCCCGCCUCCCGUAGGACAGUCGGUUUUCCCAAGAUGCAGUUCAGCACAAAGACCAUCUUGGCCGUGGCCCUGCUGGCCACGGAGGCCUUCGCCAUGCCCGCCCACGGCCACCGCGUCCGCAGGCACGCCAAGGGGCGCUUCGUCAAGUGCACGCGUCCCACUCCCACCCCGGAGCCCGCCGUCGCCCCUGUGCCGACCCCUUCGCCGCCGCCUCCCCCUCCCCCGCCGACCUCUGUCGUCGAGGCCGUCGUCGUUACUCCCACCCCAACGCCGACCCCGACCCCGACUCCGACUCCGGAGCCUCCCGUCGAGGUCAAGGUAUUCACCGUCCAGCAGGAGCCGGCCCCGGCCCCGGUACCAACCCCUGCGGUCCAGAUCCUGCAGCAGCACACCCCGGCGCCCAAGCCUCAGCCUCAGCCUCAGCCUCAGCAGCAGCAGCAGCAGGCCGACUACUCGGGCAGCAGCGGGCUUAGCCCGGAUUUCCAGGCCGGUCUGACCGCCCACAACACGGCGCGUGCCGCCCUCGGCCUGCCCCCGCUCAAGUACAACCAGGCGCUCGCCACCGAGGCCGCCGGCUACGCCCAGCAGCUGGUCGGCAUCGGCUCGCUGGUUCACGCUCAGAACCGCAACGGCCACGGCGAGAACCUGUACUGGCAGUCCAACAGCGUCACCCCUUGCACCAACGGCGCCAACGCCUGGGCCAACGAGAAGGACCUCUACGGCGGUCAGCCCGUCGGCCAGGGUGACUUCAGUGCCUACGGCCACUACACUCAAAUGAUCUGGAAGACCACCACCGAGGUCGGGUUCGGCACUGCCAACGACAACAACGGCGGAGUUUAUGUUGUCGCCCGUUACAACCCCGCUGGCAACAUGGUUGGCCAGACUCCCACUUCGGCCUAAGCAGAGCUAGCACCUGCUAGCCUGGCGUGCCGUACCAACGUGCAUUCUGGCCCAUUUGGUGGCUGAUGCUUCUCUUUUUUGUCUUGUUCAUUUCUUCUUCAAACUUCUUCAAACAGGCGCCAUCGCCUUUUUUUCGAUAUCCAAUUACUUUUUUUGUUUUCCUUGGCUUGGGUUUAUCGGUUUCAAUCCAAUGCCGAGGGGAAUUCAUAUUUUCCCUUUUGUUUUGUGAAGACAAGAGAAGUUUGGUUCCCGCCGUAUGCGACAGGGUCGAAGCCAACUGGAGCUAGGUACAAGAAGCCUAACCAAACCAACCAACCAAAACAAAAGAAAUAACCAAAACCAAGAAAAAAAAAGAGAGAACCAAAGCCUCGGCGCCAAUCGCGCCAAUCUCCUACUUUCCGCUUCACCCCUUAUUUCGUUUGUCCCCAAUUCAACCCCACCCCCCUUGGCUUUACUCACUUCUACCUUGGUAAAUUGCGCCGAGUGUAUCACGAACACAGCCUAGCAGUCAACGGCGUCAAACCGAUCGCUGACGACUGCUCUGCGACGGUCACCUCUUCGGAGUUGGCGCGGCCGGGGGACCAUGGGACAAGAAAUUGUUGGAACAGCGGUCAAAGCAGGAGAACAGUUACCUUUCUACUGUACAUAUUUGACUCUUCACUUCUUGCAUUCCUUUUUUUACCAUCCUUUUCUCUCGAUUUCCUUUUACAAAUAUAACGAGAGUUGAGAUUUUUUUUCUUAUCAUUUGGUUCGGAGGGGAAACAUGUGGCGUUUUUCCAUUUGAUCUGCUGUAUGUAAAAUACAAGCCUUAGGGAUAUCUACCUAUCUAUCUACCUUGAUGCAUUGCAAACAACGUGAC